AUGUUUGUUAUAAGCAACUGUGUCAAAAAUAAUGGUAUCAACGACGAAGCUGUCGAAAGUUAUGGCGUAACAUUUAAUGAAAAUGUGGUCAAAAUUUUGGCUGAAACUAAUGAAGGCAAAGAUGAUACCUAUCAACAAUCAUCACAACUGACAGAGGAUGAAGUUAGACAUUAUAUAUCAUUAUUCAACAUUCAAAUUAUAAACCAUGGUAUGGUCUUUGAUCUUCUCAUGUGGACUCCAAACGAUUUUUGUGAGGACAAACUUAGCAAACAGAUAACUUGUUUAAGUACAUUACAUUUUAAAACAAGGUGUUUAGAGAAUGUUACUAAAGUAUUUGAUGGUAAGAAAAUGAUUAUUUAA